CGCCUCGAGUCGGAAGCUAGGGUUCCAAAGGGACCUUCUUUCUCGGCCGGUUCGUCGGAGGAGGUGGAGGUGGUGGCGGCGGCGACCAAGCCGACGCGUCGUCGUCGUGGACAGUAGGGGUCUCCGAAGGCCGGUUCGCAGGAGGAGUCAGUGAUCAUGCAAGGGCGUCAUGGUCGACAGAAGAGGCUUCCUAAGGCCGGUUCGCAGGGGGGCCAUGACAAGUGCAAGAAGGGUCCUCUUAAGGAGAAGAACAUGAUGUCUGAAGAGGAGGUGAGGUCCAUCCUGUCCUGGGAAAAGCCUGCCCGCUUCGACCGAAAGAAGAGCAAGUACGCCGGUUUCUUCAACAAGUUGAGGGAUGAAAACUUCAAGUACCAGCAGGAGAUCAGGGAUGAGUUUGAGGAGAAGGGCUACGUCGAGAUCCCCGACAACUUCCGGGAAGACAACAAGCGAAUCAACCAUGAAGCUCACAGGAAGGCGUACCUCAAGCCAGCCCAAAUUAUUAGGCGUGCAUGGGGUAGGUAUAAACCGAGUCCGAAAGUAUAAAGACUAACAAAGGAAAAAUCAGGCGUAUGUGAGGUACCGGUAUCGAUCAUGGGAAAGGCUUGCCGAAACCAAACGGAAAGGGAACUUAAACCUUUUUUUAGGUAUAGAGAAGCCUUUCUCCUUUUAAAUCUCAACCAUCAAUCUUUAUGGUUUACAUAAAAUUAACGGAUAUAAAUGGGUGAUGAAAGGAGAA